AUGGCAGUGGACGGUGGAAACGACGACGUUCUGACCAGGCUCCCGCAGGACAUCAUCUUCCACAUCUUCUUCAAACUUCCCCCCAAAACCCUACUCCGGCUCAGGUGUGUUUCCAGAUUCCUCAAUUCCCUAAUCCCCCACCCACACUUCCUCAGCCUCCACAUCGCCGCCUCCGCCGGCCCCCGCUGCCACCACCUCCUCAACUACGAUUCCCCCGAUUCCGCGAAAUCCUACUUCUCUUUCCGAGCCGACCCGACUCUGGACCCCUCUAAAACCUUCGAGAACCCCUUCAGGAGCGUAAAUGGCUACAUGCGGCUCGUCGGCUCCAGCCGCGGAAUUCUGUGCCUGUUCGACACCAGCUACUUCACCUCCGUAGGCACCCUGAUUUUCUGGAACCCUUUUAUCCGUAAGCUCAAAAUCGUCCCUACCCUGCCGGAGUUGGGCUGCGUCUGGACCCGAAUAUCGCACAUGGCAGUAGGAUUUGGGUUCGAUCCAGAAUGUGACGAUUUUAAGGUCGUCAAGGUGUUGUACAGCUGUGAUGAUGAUCCCUUUCCGUCCAGGGCCUUUGUUUACGAGCUAAAAAUCGGGUCUUGGAGGAUCAUCAACUGGCCACCCCCUUGUUUCUUGCCCAUGUAUUGGACUGGCAGUGUGUUUCUCAGAGGGUUUGUGCACUGGCUGGCGUAUGAGCGGCCAAGGUUUAAUGGCCCCCCUAAUUGCAUUAUGGGAUUUGAUAUGACAGAGGAGGUUUUCAAGUCUAUGGAGUUGCCUAAGAAUGCUGUGGUCAAGGGUAAGGAGUUGAGGCUGUGUCCUUCUGCUGAUGAGCAAACGUUGGCUCUGUUUGUGAGCAGUCGAGGAAAUAUGAACACGGUGUGGGAUUUGUGGUUGAUGAGUGAUUACGGCAAUGUGGGAUCUUGGAAUAGAGUUUAUACCAUCGCGCUUGAUGUGAAAUUCUUACCUUUGAAGAUUACGAAUGAGAGGGAAAUUCUGGCUGUGAGAAAUGAUAAAAAAUUGGUUUCGGUUAAUUUCGAGAAGGAUGAAGUUGACGAUCUUGAAGUUUGUGGUUUGCCAUCAUCUUUCUUUGCUGAUGGUUACUUGCCAAGCUUGGCGUUGCUUGAUUGUGGAGAACAGUUUAUUGAUUAG